ACACUCUCUGAGAUUCUUUAAAAAAAGUCAGUGGGGAAGGUGCAGAGUCAUAACAACUAUCUCUUAACUUGGAACCCAGGGUUGAGAGGAAAGACUACCCUUGAUGCAAUAAAUAUUUAUUUGCUCUUUUUAUAUCAUGAACUCUACAUCCAAUUUCAAUCUUUCAUCCUAAAGAAAUUUGAGAGAUGUUUUGUUUGCCCAUAGAGUCCCCCACGAUAUUUUUGAUCUGGCCUGUUUGCACUGGAGCUCCAUGAGGUGUUAAAACUCUUUGCAUAAUGGAAGAAAUAUUUGCACUUUACGCUUUGACUUCAAAUUUUACAAGAGGGGAAUCUCUUGAGGAAAUAAAGGGCCUGACUGAAGAAAAAUACCCUGCACAAGAUGACAACUAUGACAUUUUAACUGCCGGUUCUAACAACAAAGAGGAAACUAAGGAUGACAACUUAAGAUCUUUUAAAAACAGUCAUCUUGAGGGGACAAGUCUACAGACAGAGCCAACCGAGGAUGAGAAGGAUCUUGAUCAACGUGAAAAUGCAUCGAAACAAUUUAAUGAGAUAAAAGAGGGACCUAGUUCUCUUGAUGGCAGCCGCACAAUUGGUUCAUUUAUCCAGCGAGCUAUCAACCGCUUACAAACAACACUUGGCUUAAGAAAAGGAACAGAAAAAGAGGAAGUCAAAAUUAAGAGCACGCCCUCUAGUGUAGUUGCCUCUUCGAAAACCGAAGUCGUCGCUGACACAAGUUUUUCUGAGAUACUAACCCGGUUCGAAAGUGAUAGUCUUGAGGGAAGGUUCAUUAUGAAGCUUGAAAGAAGAUUUGCUAACCUUGAAAACUUGAUACCUCAAUGCCACACACGUCAUGAAGAAGAUGCAAUAUUCAAGCAGAAGUUGCAGGAGAAAAUCCACCUGCUUGAAUCGCAACUAGUGGAAGAAAAAGUUUUCAAACAAAAAUUGCAGAAGGAGAUUGAUCAGCUUGCAUCACAACUACAAGAAAGGGAUCAUUACAGACAGAACGAUCAGGAGACCACUAAGCAAGCUGCAAAAAUGGCCCAACUUCGGAAGACGUCGGAAAACGAAAAAGAGGCGGUGCACCAAGACCAUUUGCGUGAGCAUGCGCAGUUGAAAGAAGUAGAUAGCGGUGGCGGGAAAACGGAGAAGAAGGUGGCCAAGGACGGUUAUUCACAUUUGAAAGAAUCGUGUUGUAGUAAGGAGAUGGUUGAGGUAACUGCUGCCGAGCUCCAGUCACAGCUGGUAAAAGAAGUGCAUCGUCUAAAAGAGAGCAUAGGGAAAGAAUUACAGGACACAAAGAGGAAAACUGAUAGACAUCUUGAGACAAUAGAGAGGAAGGUAGGCGAGCACGCUUUACAGUUGGGUGGGCUGAAUUUUCGUCAAGAGGAGAGAGAGAAGACAAUGGCGCAGCUCCAUUCAAAAGUGAACGAAAAUGAUCAUCAAAAGGAGAACAAAGAGCAAGAAAUACAGGACGCAAAGGAACUGUUAAAAGAAAUUGAUAAACGUGUUGAGGGAAACGAGAAGAAGGUGGCCGAAUACGCUUUACAGUUGGAUAAGAUGAGUUCUCUUAUGGAGGAGAUAGAGAAAACGAAUGCCCAGUUUCAUUCACAGAUGGUAAAAGAAACGAAUCAUCAACUGGAGAAGAUGGAGAAGGAAAUACAGGAUUUAAAAGAGCUGAUGAAAGGAAUUUGUCAACGCACCGAGAAAGUGGAAAAGAAACAGGCCGACCAAGGUUCCCGACUGAAACACAUGGGCUCUCGCGUAGAGCGGAUGGAGACGGCAAUUGAUCAGUUCCAUUUGAAGUUGGAAGAAUUGCGAAGAUUCCUGGAGGAAAAAAUGAAGAAUGAAAUGCGAGAUGUAGUUGAUGAAGUCAAGAACCAACGCGUAGUCCUCUCCACUCAUGAAGAAAAUAUAUUGCUUCUUCGCCGUGCUCUUGGUGACCUAAAUCAAAUGUUUCAACGUGGUUUGAACCAUUUGAAAAGGCGAGUUGAUACCUUUCUCGUGAGUAAUGGUCCAGCAGUACCCGAUGGGCUUGGAUAAGUCCUUCUCGUUUAAUGGCUUAUUGACGGUUAGUAUACCUUCCCGGUGAAUACGCGUGAACAUUACACAAUUCUGCUCAAAACUCUAGAAUUUUGCUCGGUAGUUAAAGAAAGCCUGAAAUUUACCUCAAUAAGACUGAAAAAUUUUCACAGGAUAUGUUUCAGGAAAUAUUAGUCACAUUUGCUUUGUAUUGGACUUUCAAUUUUUCGUAUAGCUGUCAUGUAUAACAUCGAUAUCACAUAUAAUGAUUUUCCGUUACUCUGCGUUAGUGACGCUCGAAAAUUUCUCAUUCUGUGAGUUAAUCUAAGCCAAGUACAGUAUGCUUGUAAUCUUUCACCUUUGUGAACUCUUGUCUCCAUUAUAGUGAAUGGUGCUGUUCUGUUGGUAGAGUGCACCAAUCGAAGGUUGGCACGCAUACGUUCUUUGUUUGGCAACGAGCAUGUUUAAUUGCGGUUGUUGGCGCAGUGCUUUUUGUGUGUACAUCAGCUGGCCAAAACUUUCCUAGGGUGAAUAUAAACUUACAUUCUAAGUAAAAAACGACAAGGAGAUUUUUUUCCUUUUUUUUCCAGUUUUUUUUUAAGAGUGACUCACCGAUUAGUUGCCCAAAAUAUGGAUAGGGCACAGACUGCUCUUCAGCUAAAAACAUCUGCAAUAAUAUUUUGUACUCUUUUUGAUUUUGUUAAGUAUAGCCAGGCUAAGCCUGAACAAAGUAGUGUUUUAAACAAUGAAUAGCACUGGAAAAGUCAACUUUUGGCUUAAAAAAGUUGCAAUAUAUUUGAUGAGAUUGCUCUGUCUUAUGUCAGAGUCACAAUCAGGCUAAGCCUGCGUGACAUGGCGUUUUUUAACCCUUUAACUCCCAGAUCAAAUUUUUCAUUCUCCUUACUGUCAACCAUACAAUUCCUAUAAUGUUAGU